AUGGAAGCGCAGCCGCUCGGCGCGCCGAGCGGCGGCACGGGCGCCUCGAAGGCAGCGCCCCAAGGUGGCCCGGUGCCCAGCGCGGCCCCGCAGCCGCUGCCGGCCACGGCGCUGCACAUGCCCGUCCUCGGCGCGCUCCCCGUCGGCAGCGUGCCCAUGCCGGCGGCGCCGCAGGGCAUCCCGUUCGCGCAGAUGUACCCGAACCCGUUCUUUGCCUACGGGGCGCUCAACCCGGUGAUGGCGUCCGCGUACAGCGCCGCGAUGGCCGCGCUGGGCGGCGCGCGGCAAGGACAGGCGGAUCCGCUCGCGUUCAUGCAGCAGAUAGCCGUGCACCCGCCGAUCGCGGGCGUCCCGGGCUUUGCUAGAGAGGGCGCGCCGGAAGGCUUCCAGGCACAGUUCCCGUCGCUGCAGGAGGUCGGCUCGCUGGCGUUCCCCUGCAUUCACCCGUCCGCGACGCCGCAGGCGCACCCGGAGCCAGCCACGCACGCACCGCAGCCCGUCGUGCCCGCCGCGGCCCCCGCUUCGGCGCCGCAGCCCGCCGCGGACGCGCCCGCCGAGGCCCUCGCGCGGGCCCCGGAGCCCACGGCGCAGCCGGAGGCCCGCCCCGCGGACGCUGCGGCUGCGCCCGCCGCGGAGGCGCGGGAGGUCGCGGGGGCGCGCGGGGAGGGGCGGCCGCGGCGCAACGGGCGCCAGUUCAACAUCCAGAUCCACAUCAACCUGAGCGUCCUGUUCAAAGUCUUCCUCGGUGGUAUGCUGCUGUACUGGCACAUGGGGAUGUCGGCAGCAAGACUGGCCCUGCUUCUGGGGGUGCUGGUGGUGUUUUGGGCCCUGAACAAGGUGAUCGCGGUGGUCGUGAAGAAGAUGCUCGGGCACCGGCGGGCGCGCGGGCGGCAGGACGGCGCCGGCGACGCGGAGGGCGACGCGGACCCCCCCCCGCGCCCGCCCGGCAUGCUGUGGGAGGCGGUGUCGUGCGUGGUGUGCUUCGUCACGUCGCUGCUGCCGGGCUUCGACCGCAACCACUUCCAGGCCCGCGCGCCGCGCCCGCGCGCCGCACCCGCCGCGAACCGCCCGCACGCGGACUAG